GUUUGACGUUUCUCAACAAAACGUCCGUACGCUGCAAUUCAGAUGCUAAAUGCUAGCCUUAUAACUAGUUUCUGUUGUGCGGCUUUCUCUCUGUUGCUGUUAUUGUUGAUGGGACAGUAAUUAGACCUAAACUUACCCAGACCCCCAUUAACAUUCUUCAGAGCAGCUUUGUGUCUGUGUCGGGCCGUAGCCAUGGCUCUGCAAGGCCCGGAGGAGGUGGGGGAGCAGGUUGAAGAGCCAGAGGAUCUGGACGAUCAAGAUGCUAGUAGCAUCUCCCCGGCCGAAGAGAUAACUCUUCCCCCUGGGGCUGGCGGCGACGAAGAGUCGGAGGAGACUUUCUUAUUGCCGUGGGACCGCUUUUCCUCAUGGCUGCACUGCAUCUGUGUGGUCGGGUUUGACCUGGAGCUUGGGCAGGCUGUAGAGGUCAUUUAUCCUCAUCAUUCAAAAUUGUCUGAGAAAGAGAAAACAAGCAUCUGCUACCUUUCUUUCCCAGACUCCAACUCAGGUUGCCUUGGUGACACACAGUUCUGUUUCCGCUUUCGUCAAGGUUCAAACAGGAAGUCAUCACUGGGUUGUUUCCUGGAAACCACUGAUAGAGACGCACCACCAUGUUUGAAGCGGGAACAAGGUCAUUACUACGGUUACGUGUACUUCCGUCAGGUGCGGGAUAAAUCCCUGAAGAGAGGAUACUUUCAGAAGUCUCUGGUUCUGAUCAGUAAGUUGCCCUAUGUGACCUUCUUCCACUCGGUGUUGAAGAUCUUGGCUCCAGAAUACUUUGAGAAACAGGAACCGUGCCUGGAAGCAGCUUGUAAUGACAUCGACCGCUGGCCAACGCCUCAUCCUGGACGAAUCCUCACUCUGCCUUUAAUGGGAGUCGUCAUCAAGGUUCGAAUCCCAACCUGUUACGAUAAACCAGGAACCUCCCAGCUGGUCCAGUCUGCCCAGAGCGACAGCCUUGUGUCCAUCGUCCUCCCAACGAUCCACGAAGUUGACCUCUUCAGAUGUUUCCAUCCAGUUUACUUCCACAUCCAGAUGCUUUGGGAGUUGGUGCUGUUAGGGGAGGCACUUGUUGUCAUGGCACCAUCUCCUGCUGAGUCUUCAGACACUGUGCUGGCGCUGGUCAGCUGCAUCUCUCCUCUGCGUUACUGCAGCGACUUCAGGCCGUACUUCACCAUCCAUGACAGCGAAUUUAAAGAGUACACAACCAGAACGCAGGCUCCGCCGUCAGUCAUUCUGGGAGUGACCAAUCCCUUCUUUGCUAAAACUCUCCAGCACUGGCCGCACAUCAUUCGCAUCGGAGACAUGAAGCAAGCAGGAGAGAUGGCAAAGCAGAUGAAGGUCAAGAAACUAAAAAACCUUAAAACUCUGGACUCUAAACCUGGUGUGUACACGGCUUACAAGCCAUAUCUAAACAAAGAUGAAGAAAUCAUCAAACAGCUCCAGAAGGGUAUUCAGCAGAAGAGACCCUCGGCGGCCCAGAAUGCAAUAAUUCGGCGCUACUUCUUGGAGCUCACUCAGAGCUUCAUCAUUCCACUGGAACGAUACGUCGCCAGUCUGAUGCCGCUCCAGAAGUCCAUCAGUCCCUGGAAGAGUCCUCCUCAGCUCCGGCCGUUCAACCAGCUGGACUUCAUGAAAACUUUAGAGAAGACGGGACCUCAGCUCACAUCCCGACUGAAGGGAGACUGGAUAGGUCUCUACAGGCAUUUCCUCAAGUCUCCCAAUUUUGACGGCUGGUUCCGUAGCAGGAGAAGAGAAAUGACUCAGAAACUGGACGCUUUGCAUCUCGAGGCUCUGUGUGAGGAGGAUCUUCAGCAGAGAAUCCAGAAGCACACGGAGGUGGAGGCUGUUGAUCUGGUUCUGAAGCUGAAAGAUAAAAUGACUCAGGCGGAGAGGGAGCAGCUCCCAGUUCGCCCAGGAACCCUGUCCAAGCUCAGAGCCCACAUCGAAGCGGUGAUCCUAGCCUUACCAGAAGACCUGCAGGGAAUCCUUCACACGCCCUCCACACCGUGAUCUUUAAUCCUGCAGUCUGCAAAGAUAACCUCUGCUUGAGCUAGCUUGGAUGGGGAUGCUCUUCUAGUUAACGGAGUGACUGGGUCCCGGUCUGAGGGCUGCUCGAGUCUAAAGAGAAGAGCAACUGGAUACCUGCUGUAGCAGCUGUGUGGGAUUGGUCUAAACGCUGGCGUCGUAGCGAUCACGUGGUGAUGAAGGGAACAGCUGGAAUAGAGCAGACCUAUCGGAACAAAUCCUCUGCCAAGGUUACCUGUUAGCAGAAAAGGGCAGCUAAAUGACCCUGCUGACCUUUGACCUUCUACAUUUUUAUUGAGACUUAAUUUUUUUUGUUUUUAACAAUGCUGGGCUGCAGCAGACUGGUGGAAAUGAAUUAAGUUUUCAUUUAUACUAAAGACGGGUUUUAAACAAGUGCACUUCAUCCCUACCUGGACCGGCGUGCCCAUCUCUCUCACACACACACACACACACACACUUUUUAUGCAAGCAAACUGUAUGGAGCAGAGCCAAGCAGUGCAUUAUAUUUACAUUUAACACACUUGGAGCAUUAACCACCAGCAACCCAACAAGCUAAAGGGUCACUUCCUGUAUUACGUAUCUGCUAAACUAAUCAGGUUCAAUUCAAAAAUACUUUAUUAAUCCCAGAGGGAAAUUCAAUUCACCGAUCCUGAAUCGAGUUGAGGUUUAUACGACUUGUAUUUGUUUCUGUCUGAAAACUGAAUUUGUGUUUUUAAUGUUUAAAAAAAGCUAAUUUAAGGGUUUAUCUGUGAAACUCUAAAGGCGUUCGUCAUGUUUUAGCGAGAAAAGAGGAAAAAUAUGUUAGAACAUGAUGUGACUUUAUAAAAUAGGAAGGAAUACAUUUUAGUUUUUAAAGAUUUAACAUGAGAAUGUUUAACUAUAAAAUGUUCAUGAAAGGAUCUGAGAAGCAAUAAGAUUUAAAAUGUGUAAGAAUUUAUUACUGAUGAUGAAAUCCUGUCUGAUAAUCUGUAUAAUUAGCUUUUAAUUAGAUAAUUUCUUUUCUUAUUUUAAAGCUGUUUGCAAUAAUUCUUCCCUCUCAGCUGGAGUAUUUCGACCAACCAGCAGGUAAAAAAAAUCCCUCAAAGUAUUUAUGAAGUAAUCAGGUCUUCAAAGCUUCUUGAUGUUCAAAUUAAGAUUCAUAAAAGGUAAUCACUUGCUGCUCUUUUCCAGAUCCUGUAAAUCUGAAUGAUGUAAACUCCUGGAUUAUUAAUAAAAUUGUUCUAGAUGUAAAAUCCUUUCAUCCUGAUGUUUCAAACACAAAUAAUCAGUUUUAAAAAGAGCCUCGGAGUCUCUUAUAAAGGGAGAGGUCCAGCAGGAGACCAGUGGUGUUUUUAUACUUUAAUAGUUCAUGAUUAUUUACUAAAACCCAACUGUCCUGGUGCCUUAGAAAGUCAAACCAAAGACCCGACUGUCUCCGGUAGGAAUUACAACAUUCUCAGCUUUUAUUCUGAAAAUACACCCACGUUUCUCCUGAGCCUCUUACAAUCAAAUGAAGCGUAUUCUAGAUUUAGAUGGAGGCCUAGAUUUAUUAUCUAAUGAGACAAAUGAACUAAGUCAAGUGAAGACGUCAAAGGGAGGAUGAGCACAUAAACGUAAACCUGUGUCUGUUUAAAGUGUGUCUAUGCUGAAUUUGUUUUUGUGGUUUCCCGUCAGCAAAUCAUGAUCGAUGAUGGGAAUAACGAUUUUGAUAAUAUACUGACAUCCUGUAAAUCACUGAAAUCCAUGUUUAAAGCCUCUCUGGUCCUGACUAGUUAAAUUAAUUUAAUGUAACAAUGCAAUAAUACCGAAGCGUCUCCUCAUCUGGUGCAUUUUUUUUCUUCAUUUUUUAUUAUUUUAUUUUAGGUUUGUUUGUUUUUUCCAUGAUGUAGAACCAAUAUCUGCACAUCAAUUUGAUGCUCGAAAUUUCAAACUGUUGAAUUAGAUUAAUUUGAUGUUUCUAAAUGUUUUGAAGUGAAGGAAGCUACUUUUAGGGACUCCUGUAGGUUUUAUAUUUGUAAUACUUUACCAUCCUGACUUUUUAUGGAGAAUCUAGAGUUUUGUACAUAAAGGUGUGGAAGAAGUGGCCAUGCAGACUGUAUAAGAGUGUACAAAACAUAUUUUUGUUUAUUAAAUAUGUCAAAAUAGAAACAUUACAAAAAUGGUUCCUGGUAAGGUUUUUUUCCCCUCACGUUUAAAAAGAAUAAUUAGUUUUUAUUGAUCAUGUUUUUCACAGAAGUUGUGAGGAAUUCACUCCAAUUGUCAACCCACGUUAAUGCUCACACUGGUGCUUGAAAAGCCUAGGAAAUGUUGUAUUUUAUUUUGGGAUUUUCAAGGUUUUAAAAGUGCUUUAGUUUAAAAUAUAAACUUGAAAGUGAGACAGAAAUUUGCUGUAGCAAUAUCAAAAUAAAGAAGUAAAAUCAUUGUAUGUAAAAAUGUCCAGAGAAAAACAUUCUGGUGAUGUUCAGGCAGGAUGUUUCUGUUCAUCUGAAUGUAGAUUAUAUUAUAAAAUCAAUAAAAACCAGGUGAAACAUC